UCUCUAUCGCGUGUGUGUGAGUGCGUGCGUGCGUGAGUAAAAAAAGGAAAGGCAGCCGCAAAAGUGCAUGGCCUGAAGACGCAUGUGUCGCCCUGAUCGUGGACAGCAGCUGCCCUUCUGCCCUACAGCCCGCGGACCCGAGACCGGCGGCCUCGGGCAUUUUGGCCGCCGCCCGCCACAUGCGCUCCUCCACUCCGCAGACAUGCUCCCCCACUGCUAAAAACAGAAAUUUUUGAAGAGAAGUGAAGAUGCACUCGUCAUUCAUCAAGACCAAGGGCGGCGACCCGCUGUGCCCGCUGGGCUUCCACCCGCAGGUGCGCUGGCCGACGCGCUGCAAACGCUGCUUCAGGGACUACAAGGAGCACGGCGGCAACCGGAAGGACGACUCGUCGUCGUUGGCGUCGCUGCGGCGCGACGGGGUGACGACGGCGUCGACGCCGGCCCUGUCGUCCUGGUCGUCGCAGCCGGCCGUGCGAUCGAGAGAAAGCAGCACGAGCAGCAGCGGCUUCAGCUCGUCCUUCGAGUCGGACAGCGCGCGGACCAGGGCAACCAGUGCGUCGUCCAGCGACCUGAGCAAGUCGGUCGACUCGACCGACAUUUCCGUGACGCUGCCGAGACGGGCCGCCGCCUCAUGGACCAGCACGCCCGAUCUCAAGAACAUGGACGAGGAGACCACCUCGGUCACCAUCAGGAUGCCCAGGGUCCGCACCAGGGCCGCCGUAGCCGCGGCGGCGCAUCAGGAGACGCCCAAGGAGGAACCAAAAGCAGCAGAAAAAGAACCAGACUACAGAUCGGCCCACUACACAUUCAGACGCCGCACCCUGGACCUGACGAAAACCGAGUCGACGGAGAAGAAACCCGAACUGACGAGUUCUGCGAGCGUCGACUCGUCGGACCGGCCCAGGGUGAGACGAGCCCUGACGCAACCCUUGGUGGAGGAACCGCCAGUUGGGGCCAGAAAACGCGUUUCCGCCCCCGAACCGGCAGCUCCGCCACCCAAAUCGGUCUCCAGCAACAAAGCAGAUUUGGACUUUAUGAUGAAGGUGAAAUCGUCGUCCGCGGCGAAAAAGACUGACCUGACGACGCUGGCGGUGCCCAGUGCGAAGGGGCGCGAGAAGAAGACUAGCAGCAGCAGCAGCAGCGACGACGAAACCGACGAGUCGGACGAUUCCAGCAGCGUCGCCUGCACCGAAACCACCGAGACCACCAUCAUCGACCGCAGCAACGACGAUGAAGUCGCCGAGCUGAAACGCGAGCUGGACACGUGGAAGGCACGCUGCGAGAAGGCCGAGAGGGAAAAGAGCGACAUUCUGCUCAGGAGACUCGGCGGAACCAGGGAAACGGCCCCUUCGGGUGCCGAAGCGUUGAAACUCCAACAGAGAGUCAAUGAGCUUCAGCAAGCUGCCGAGGACUUGCGUGACGAGCGGAAGAGUCUGUCGCUGCGGGUGAAAGAGCUGGAGGAGGAAAACGAGUCUGCAACCUCUCGAGAACCGGAAAUGCGGCGGACAAUCGAGGAUCUGCGCAACAAACUGUCGGCGGCGGAGACGCUGUGCGAGGAGCUGAUGGACGAAAACGAGGAGAUCAAAAAGGAAAUCCGCGACCUCGAGGAGGAGAUCGACGAGAUGCAGGACAACUUCCGCGAGGAGCAGGCCGACGAGUACACGUCGCUGAAGAAAGAGCUCGAGCAGACGGCCAAAAACUGCCGCAUUUUGCAGUUCAAACUGCGCAAGGCCGAGAGGAAGGCCGAGUCGCUCGAAGCGACCAAACUCGAGCUCGAACGCCAGCUUGGCGACAAGGGCGGAAACGUCCAGUCCAUGGAAAAGAUUCGGCAGUUGGAAAAAGACUUGAAGCUACAAUCCGAAGUUUCCGAGCGUCUACAGAAAGAGACGGAGGAUUUGAAGGCUCAGUUGGCCAGGGAGAAGUUGAAAUCGGCAGCCAGCAACAAAUUGGCGCCACCUGCCGCCGAGCCAGCCAAGAAACGAACCCCCAUGCUCGGAAAGUCUGCUUCCGGAGAGACGGUCACGAGAGCGUCUCUGACGCGAGGAGGCUCUCAGGAUGACCCUGUGCAGCUGCUGCGGGACCUGCAGGACGCCAUGGAGAGGGAGGCUGACAUGCGCGAGCAACUCCGAUUCGCUGAGGAGGAGGGCCAGAACAUGCGCAAGAAAUGCUCCAGAUUGGAGGAUGAUAACGAUUCUCUAGCCAUGCAACUCAAGAAAAUGGCUAUGAAGGCUAGAAGGCGUCCGAGUCCGAGCCCUGGCCGCCUGUCCACCCCGGAGCCGCUGCUGCACGAGAAGGACGAGGGCAUCGCCGAGGACGACGACCCCUCCGAGCUGCGCCUGCAACUCGAACUGAACGAGCAGGAGGCGGCCGUGUUGCGCAGGAAGGUCGAGGAAUUGGAGAAGCUCAACGAGAGUAAUCAGAGGAAGAUGAAGGAGCUGCAGGAAAAGGCCAAGGCUGCGUCCACGCCCACCUCCCCCAGGACUGUCAGGAGCGACCUCAGACCCGCCACCAGUUCUGCAGCCGUGCUUGAAAAGAAAAUAUCGGUUUUGGAGGAAGAAUCGUCCGAACUGAGGAAGAAGCUGAUCGAGAAGGAGCGAGACUACGAGCGGCUGCAGACCGAGCUGACCCUGGCCCACAAAAGGAGCAAGACGAGCGCCCGCAGUCGCUCCCUGGACAGCAACGAGCAGGCCCUCGACCUCAAACGGCAGCUGCAGGUGAUCGAGGCCGAGGCGAACGUUCUUCGCUCCAAAACGCAAGAUUUGGAGGCCGAGAACGAAAAGCUGAGCACCGAAAACAAAAAACUGUCGAUCAAAGCGGCGCGGGGAGCCACCCCUGCCAAGGAUCCAUCCGAAGGGAAGGAGCUGAAAGAAAAGGUCGUUAUUUUGGAGAGAGAAUUGGCCGAGCUGCGGAGCAAGGAGAAGAAGCCGGCGGUGCUGGCGCCGAACGCGGCGGCCGUCGAGGUGGAGCGGCUCAAAAACCAACUGACCAAAGUGGAAAAGGAGAACGAGCGGCUGAAGGAAGGGGGCGCCCGCCUCAGGACCAGGACGCCCAAGCGGCCCACGGACCUCACCACCAAACUGCAGAUGAAGAAAAUGGUCGACGAGCUGGAACUCGAGGUUGCAGAGCUGCUCGCCGGGCUCAGCAAGGCGCAGGAGGGAAAAGCCGACGCAUCCGAAAAGCAAACGGCGGCGGCCGGCAAGGAAUUGGAGGAAAUACAGAAGGAGAGGGACAGUCUGAAGGCAGAGCUGGCCAAGACCAAGGAGUCGCUGCAAAAGGACAAGAUGAAGUCCGACACGGACUUGAAGAAAUUAAAGUCGGAUGUUGUUAAGAGCAAGGAGGAGGUUGCGAAGCUCCAGGCUGAAAAUAAAUCGAUGAAGGAAAGCUUGGAAAGCCUCAAAACUAGCCAAGAGUCAGCAAAGAAGACGCAGGAGGAAAAAGCACAGGUUCUAUCGGAAUUGGAGGAGGCGAAGGCGUUGGCGUCGGCGUUCCAGCGGGAAAGCGAGGAGAAAAUCAAGGAGGAAGGCAAGAAGAACGAGGCCGAGCGGGCGAAACUGCAGAAAGAGCUGGCGGAAAAGACGAAAAAACUAAUGGAGGCGGAGAAAAAGGCCAAGGAGACCGACGAGAAGCUGAAGAAGGCCGAGAAAAUCCUCAGCGGCAAGAAGGACAAGCUGGCCAAGGCUGAAAAAGAUCUGGAAGCCGAACGGGAAAAAGUGAAACAGAGCGAAAGCACGCAGAAAGAAGUGGCGGUCGGUUGGCUGCGCGAGCGCGACGAGCUCAAAGCAAACGCCACCGAAAUGUCCCGAAAGGUCGAACAACUGCAGGAGCAGUUGUCCGGACGCGUCCGAGAGGUCGAAACUCUGGAAAACAGCCUGGUAAGCGAGCGGGAGCGAGUGUCCGAGCUGAUGAGCUCGAGCGAGUCUUCGAAGCGAGCGAGCACCGCCGCCGUCGAGAAACAGUUGGAGGCGGCCCGCGAAGAAUUGGCCGCCGCCAAGACCAGGGCGGCCGAAAUCUCCAGCCAGCUCGAAAAGGCCGAGAAAGCCAAAAAGGAAGCUGAUGAUAAGGCUAAAAAGGAAAUCUCAGAUCUGCAGAAAAAACUAAGCGACACUGAGAGUGGCAGGUCAACCGAAGUGAAGAAAUUGGAGCUGCAGGUGAAAGAGAAGGAGCAAGAGGUGCGGUCGCUCAACAACCAGCUCAAAUCUGCCCAGCAGGACAGCGGCGCCUCCAGCAAGAAAAUUUCCGAGCUGCAAGACGAGUUCGGAAAGAAAAUUAAAGAGUUGGAGAAAGAUUUGGCGGAGGAAAGACACGAAUACGAGGACCUGACGGUGCGUUACGAGCAGUUGGAGACGGAGCACGUGGUGACCAAGGCGCAGCUGACGAUGGACAGGGAGAAGGCCGAGGGCAGCGUCGACAUGGCGCAUAGAGAACUGACCACCUUGGAGAGGGAGCUGCAGACCCUGAGGGAGACCUACAACGCCAAGCAGGAUGAGUGGAUCAAGGAGAAACUCGACAUGCAGGCGUUGGUGAGGGACUUGGAGGACAAGGUGCAGCGCAGCGGCGGCGAGUCUCUGGACAACAAGCGUCUGAAGGCGCAGCUGGACGAGAAGACGACCGACUUUGACAAGACGAAGCACGAGCUCGACGUCAUGACCGACCAAAACUCGAAUUUGCGCAAGGAGGCCGACGAUUUGCGGCGCAAACUCGAGGACUACGAGCGCGUGGCCAAGAUCCAGAGGAACAUGACCGCGGACUCGGCGGCGCUCGACAAGGAAAUCAAACAGCUCAAGAGCAAAAUGGCGGCGGAGGAGAAGUCUCACAAGGCGGAGGUGGCCCAAUUGAAGCUGCGAUACGACAGCAGAGUUGCUCUGAUCAGCGAGGAAAUGCAGACGCUGCAGAACCAGGUGUCCAAGUUCAAGAAAGAGCGGGAUUCUCAAAGGCAUAUGCUGGAAGCAGCUCAAAAAACGAUCGGCGAACUGAAAGCCUCAGGAAAAUCCUUGUCGACUUCCGCGUCCCACAUGGAGCCUGGAGAUGAGUCUGAAGAAACCCGCACUAAAGUGGCCUCUCUGGAGCAGUCCCUCGCGUGCAUGGAGGACGAAUUGUCCGACGCGAGGCUCGAGGCGUCCAAGCUGAAAACGGAACUGGUGUCCGAACGCUCCGCCUGGGAGGUGAAAAUCAGCGAAAUGCAGUCUCGACUCAAUGAGUUUGAAGAGGACCGGUUGAUCAGUUCGGGAAGGACGAAAAUUCCUGGAAUGCGGACGCGAAUCGAGCUGGCGUGGCAGAAGGAGCGCGACGAGCAGCACCGUUUGCUGCAGGAAACGUCCACCCUGGCGCGCGACCUUCGGCAGACGCUCUUCGAGGUGGAAAGGGAGAGGGACAAGGAGCGGCUCGAGUCGAAACGGAAGAUCGACCAGAUCAAAAGGUCCAUGGAGGAGGAAUUGGAAGAAAACAGAAAGAAAAUCACAGAGAUGCAGUACGAUUUGUUGGAGUUGCGCGACGCGCACGCCAAGGUGCGCACGACGAACGAGAAGCUGCGUCGGGAGCGCGAGCGUCACGAGAAGGAGCGCGACGAGAACAGACAGAUGACGAACGCCAGGAAGCGGCAGGACGCCGACGAGGAGCGAAAGGUCAACGCCCUGCUCGAGCAGGUCGACGAACUCAUGCGGCUCGCCCCUGACCUCUUCCCCCAGAGGGACGCAGGGGGUGGUUCCUCCCUCCUGCCCAAGGCGCCAAACAGGAGCAGCAGAACCAAUCUGUCUCGGGAACCUUCCCCUGCAACCGGAGGACGAGAAGCGUCUGUGGGAGUGGAGGACCGGAAACAGCUGCUGCAGUCGACCCUUUCCAGACUGACGGAGGCGACCUCCGAGCUGCGAAGACACCAGAGGCUCGGCGAGGACGAAAAAGACAGGGAACGAGCUCGCAGGACCCUUGGAUUCAGAAGAGCCGCGUCAACGGAGGCUGAUGCGCCCGAAGAGUCGAAAAAGGGCAAGGCGAACGGCUCAGGGAAGAAGGGUCUUUUCCGGAAGUCGCUCUCACUCGAGCAGACGGGUGGAAUGGCACAAGACCAGAAAAUCUGGAAGGGCGAGGGCGGCAGCAACAGCAGUCUGGACGUGGGCUCCGAGGUGUCGCUGGAUUCGCGAUUCCUCAACAUGCCACGCAGAGAGGUCAGUCUGGACAGGCUGUCCACCGACUCGACGCAGAGCGACAUCGUGCAGGACAAGAAGAAGAAGGGCUUCUUCGGCAAGCUCAAGAAGCUCGCCAGCUCCAGAAGCAUCGACAACGACGCCGACCGUCAGCAGACUGGUGGUGGAUCGUUAGGCGGUUCUGGAUCUGACAUUAGCGUCGACAUUUCCACUGCAGAUUCAGGCAAAAAAGACAAAAAGGGCAAACUGAUGGGCCUCUUCAAGAAAGGCUCGGCAAGAAGCUCCAGCGUGGAGAAGAGUGGUGGGGCGGCGGAGGACUCGAUGGCGGGCAGCACGGACUCGCUGCAGCGGCCGCUGCGUGCGUCGAGCGCGUCGCGGCCCCUGGCGCCGUCGAGCGCGGCGCCAGCGACGCCCGCGACGCCGGCGCCGACCGCCAAGCGCUACGUGCGUUAGCUGUGCUCUCCCUGUUGUCAAAAAACUGUCUCUGUUUGCGUUACACAAGCAUUGUGAUAUAUUCAAGAAGCAAAAAAGUGCCUCCAUCAUUUUAUUCAUUGUUGUUUUCUCUCUCUCUUCUCUCACGUUACCAUGUUGUGCGAUUCCUCGCCUCUCUCUGCCACGAUCUUGUUACUGUUCCACUUCUCUUAUUGUAAAAAUCAUUAAAAUGUUGAAAAAUCAUUUGCCGAUUCAGUCAGGUGAAUUAAUAAAGAAAGUACGGUGACA